AUGAAGAAGGAAGCCAUUGGCCACAUUGUUUCAGCAUUGGCUCUCGCAGAACGUUUACUUGAACCGCAGGAAAUGGGUGCAAACGCCCCAGUCCUUCUCCAGUCUCCGAUCCUGGAACGUGUCACUGAGGGUCACACUGUCCAGUUACAGUGCACCAUGAGGAAUGCUGCAGUGACAAACACCGAUGUUUACUGGUACCGGGAGCAAGCAGGAAGGAGAGAGUGGAUUUUGAGACAUUCUACAUUGAAUUACGUACAGCGGUACUCAGGGUUCACUGAGCGAUUCCAGUCUUCCAGAGACUCCUCCGGUAGCAACUUCAUUCUGACCAUCACAAAUGUGCAGCCCAGUGACAAUGGAGCCUAUUACUGCUCAGUCUGGGGAAGUGUCCUUGGUGGAGGAAGCCUGCUCAUUGUAGACAGUGCAUCUGGUCCAGUCCUUCUCCAGUCUCCGAUGGUGAGACAUGUCACCAAGGAUCACACUGCCCAGUUACAGUGCACCAUGAGGGACGCCUCAGUGGCACAGACCGAUGUUCACUGGUACAGACAAGAACCAGGGAGUCAUGUGAACCUGUUUUUAACACAUUACAGAAAUGGUUACAUAAGACGGAGCCAAGGUUUCAAUAAUCGAUUCCAGCCUUCCAGACACCAUUCCAAUAACAGCUUCAUUCUGACCAUCACAAACGUACAGCCCAAUGACACUGGAGUCUAUUACUGCUCAGUUUGGGGAAGUGUCCUUGGUGGAGGAAGUCUGGUCAUUGUAAACCGUAUCACUGGUCCAGUCCUUCUCCAGUCUCCGAGCCUGGAACUUGUUGCCAAGGGUCACACUGCCCGGUUACAGUGUACCAUGAGAAACGUCACAGUGACACACACUGAUGUUCACUGGUACAGACUGUCCCCAAAGCAAAUUAUGGAACGUGUUUUAACACAUCCAGGAAAUGGUUCCACACAAUGGAGCCCAGGUUUCACGAAGCAAUUCCAGUCUUCCAGAGACUCCUCCAGUAACAGCUUCACUCUGACCAUCACAAACAUGCAGCCCAGUGAUACUGGGGUCUAUUACUGCUCAGUCUGGGGAAGGAUCUAUGGGAGAGGAAGCCAAAUCAAUAUCACCAAUCCAUUGGCUGAUCCAAUCCUAAUUCAGGAUCCAGUGGUCAGCAAGGUAGCAGAGGGUGAAACUGCCGAGUUCCAGUGUGCCAUGUACAAUGCCAGUGUGAUUGACACUGAUGUCCACUGGCACUACCAGCGACCUGGCAGCAACAGGGAGUGGGUGAUAAGCCACUUUGUGAAUGGCACCCUCACCAAGGCCCAGGGUUUCCACGAUCGGGUUCAGCUUUCCAGGAAUGUCAGCAGGAACAGUUACAUUCUGAGCCUUGUGAAUGUGACACUCAAUGAUACUGCUGUGUACAGCUGCAGUGUGUGGAGCUACAUCUAUGGAGCAGGGAGCCAGCUCAAUGUAACUGAAGAAUCUUCCCAUGGUAUUCCCUGGACUUCAGAUCCCAUUUUAAUCAUUGGCACCAUUCUGGGCUUUGCUGUCUUAAUCUGCAUUGUCCUGCUCACAUUUUACCUUUGGAAACAAAACCUGUGCUCAUCAGUAAAGGACUCCACACAAGGGAGCCCUGUUGAAGACCAGAAUGCUGUGUAUGAAAAUGUAAAUGACUCACUGACAGCAGCUGGUGACCAGUGUCUCCCUGGAAGUUACAGAAACCCUCCUUCAACAGGACACAGACGGAAUGUGAAGGAUUCUCCAGCAGAUUCUGACUCAACCUACAUGCCAUUGCAGCAAUGGGAUUGCUCUAUUUACAGUGAGCUUUCAGGCCCUAAAGGAACUCCUGAAACCUAGACUACAGAAUCAAUCCUUCUGUGCAAUACGUGGGUCCUGGAGCAUAAGGAAAAUCAUAUGCUGACUGCGGGACACUGUUCCCAGACUAUACACCCUCAUUGAUAGAAAUUAUAAAUAGUUGAGGCCUCAGCACUGACUCUGUGACAAUCUCUGACUCCAGAACCACAGUUUAAUUUCAUUAAUGUAUGUUUCCUCUCUGGGCACUUCGGAAUGGCCAAUAAAUGCUGGCUCGUUAUUAAUGCGCAAUAUUCAUGAACAAGUGAAAGGUAGCCUUCGCUAGUUACAGCCCGAAAACGACUCAUUUAUCACUGCUGCUUGUUGUUGUAAAUCUAUCCUCUAUUCAUGAUAAAAUGAUCCUCCCUUCAAUGUGAGCUGUCGUUGGAUAGCAUAGCCUCUG